CGAACUUUGUAACUUCAGUCGCGGUGUGCAAGCGAGUCUGAGUAGAUCGUGGUGACGUGCGAACGCUUCGAACGCGCUACGGCGUCGUUUUUUCAAUUUUAUUUGCUUUUGAUUACAAAAUCACUCGGUGAAUUGCAUCUGCACACACAUACUCAAAUAAAUCAACAUAUAGUAAGUAAGCAUGGAUCAAAAGCGUGCUAUGCUCUACCCGGAUAUCGAUCCUGCUGCCCACAAUGCUGCCACACGCGAUCAUCGCAUAUCUGCCUCGGCCGCCAUGGGCUUGCCCACGGAGGCGCCACCUUCAUACGACAUGGCUAUAGCAUCCACAUCGGCGCCCAGCGGCUCAACAAGUAAUGGAGGAAGUGGUGUCACCAGUGGUCUGGUUGCCGAUGGCACUACUGCGCCGCUGGGCUGGCAUCCCAGCGCCCCACUGCCAGCGACCACACCCGUAACACAACCGCCAGCGCCAGUACCUCCACUCCGACAGUCGCGCACCGCACAGCAGACGCCUCUACCGCACGACAGUCAGACAAGGCCGGUGAUUGUGGUGCAACCGUUGCCACAUAACCAACAGCAACAGCCACUCUCGCCGCCAAUACAAACAACUAGUGCCACAAUGCCGAUAAAACUAGGUCCGCACCCAUGCUCGGUUACAUGCCCUGUUUGCGGCGCUAACGAGACGACACGGUUGAUCUUCACGCCUAACACACGAACGCACAUUUGUGCGGGAUUACUCUGUCUGGCCGGUUGGUGUUGUUGUGCUUGUACGGUGCCCUAUUGCAUGAACAGCUGUCGGACCGGUAAUCAUUAUUGCUCGCGGUGCAACACAUUUCUGGGUGUCUAUAAUCCGCGAAGAGCGAGAAAGUGAAAAAAGUGAUAGCCGCACACACACUCAUAUACAUAUAAAUGUAUGCAAUUUGUGCGUGUGUGUUUGUGGGUGCAUAUUAUAUAAUAUUUUUAUAACGAUUUAUUACUAUUUUUCGUUUAUUAAUUUCACUUUAACUCGCUUCAGUCAAUCUCAUUUCGGCGCAUGCGUGCUCGUAUUAAUACUUAUAUGUAUAAUUAUUGAUAUAUUUGUAUAUAUGUAUGUAUGUAUAUACACACGCAGGCAUACAUAUUUUUUACUUUGUGAUGAAGCAAAUAUUUUACCUUAACAAUUUGUUCUUUAUAUGUGUGCGUGUUGUAUGCAAAAAUUUAUUAUUUCAUAUGUAAUUACUUUAAGAUAAGUUGAUUAUAAUGUAAAACAAAAUACAUGCGAUAUAAUCGUACAAGGCAAUGUUGAA